CCGCUCUACUAACUACCAAGUCAUUCAUCAUCAGCUCUCUGUUUUUACCAACUUCUCCAUUGUUGCCAUUUACCCAUUUGCCGAUGUGGCGUCAAGGUCAGAAUCUUCUGCGGCGAGCCUCACCGAGAUUAAUUGUUCUCCCUCAUUCAUCAAACUCUAGCUUCGGAAUCAGACAAAUUAUUACCGGUUCAUCUUCAUCAUCGAGCCCAAGUGUGUCGAUAUGGAGGCGCAAGAAAGAAAUGGGUAAAGAAGGUUUAAUGGUUGCCAAGGAGCUUAAGCGCUUGCAAUCGAACCCAAUCCGGUUUGAGCGGUUCAUUAAGUCCCACGUUUCUCGCCUUCUCAAAUCUGACCUCGUCGCUGUUCUUGCUGAGUUCCAGAGACAAGAUCUUGUUUAUCUCUCCAUGAGGUUGUACGAGGUUGUCCGCAAAGAAAUAUGGUAUCGGCCAGACAUGUUCUUUUACAGGGAUAUGCUUUUCAUGCUUGCAAGAAACAAAAGCGUAGAUGAAGCAAAGAAGGUAUGGGAUGAUUUGAAGAAAGAAGGAGUGCUUUUCGAUCAGCAUACAUUUGGUGAUCUUGUUAGGGCUUUUCUAGAUGGUGGAUUACCUUCAGAGGCAAUGCACAUAUAUGAUGAAAUGAGGCGCUCUCCUGAUCCUCCUAUGUCUUUACCUUAUCGUGUUAUACUGAAAGGGUUACUAAUUUACCCAGAACUGAGAGAAAAAGUGAAGGAUGAUUUUCUGGAACUGUUCCCAGAUAUUGUAGUUUAUGAUCCACCUGAAGAUUUAUUUGAUGAAGAAGAAUGGAGAAAGGAGAGCGAGGAUGAUUAGAGUAUGUUGUUGACUUGAAUUUUCUCAAUGGCAUUUAGAAUAUCUGCUGUACAAGAAGAUAGUGGAAUAGUAAAUGUGGAGUGCUUUGGCGGCUGGUUGAGCAAUCCUUUAUGCUGCUGAACAGAUGAGUGCUUCUGGUUUUGAGUUUGAAAUGUGAUCCAGGAAAGCCGUGCAAAUUUAAAAGUUUAUGCGCAGGUAUGAAGCUUACCUAUAAAUAUCUAAAUUGAAGUUGGUCGAACGCUAGCUUCUAAUGAAGUGGAUAUAUCAUUUUCUGCAAUUUGUGUUUUAAGAUAAGCUGCCAAUUUCUCCUAAUUACGUUUCACUCUGAUCAAAAGGUAAUGAAAGCCUGCAGUUAUUGAGGCUCACCAUCUCAUUUAGAUUCUUAUGAGAUGGUGAAUGUCAGCAUAAAUGCUCCUCCAAUAAAUUAAUAUUUGGUCAGUCAUCCAAAUUAUUGGUUAUGGUAUCCUGAUUCUUCAGAGCAAUCCGGUUUCUGCGGUACCAUUCUUGAACUCUAGCCUCAUGUGAUUGAGUUUUGAUCUUCACAUGAUUGAAGUAUCAAGCUAUGUGGUCAUUAUAUAGCAUUUGGUCUCGUCAUAGGGUUCGAUAUCUUCAGGCAUACAUUUCUUGCUGUCAUCUCUUCAGGGCCUUUUGCUAUAUCCUCUGUCAAAGUACUAACUAAAAAGUGCUGAUUCUGUGAGAUUUUGGUUUUGGAGUUCUAAAUGUGACAAUGGUAUAUUUGUUGCUGUGGAGUUGUUUCCAAGAUAAUGGCUCAGCCUACAAGUACCAGAAAGAAAAAUGUAGAACCUAAUUCAUUUUGAGCGUUUGGGCCGUUUGGCUGUUCCAGAUU